AGUAUGGGUGCGUUCAAUGAACAUCGAAAUUGUUUUCGCUCAAAUCCAAAAUUGUUUAUCGGUCGAAAUAUUCAUAAUUUGGUUCUUGGAUGAUUUUUUCGUUGCCAAAAAUGAAGAAAAGGAAAAUUUGAUGCAAAGAAAAUAUAUUGGCUUUAAACAUAUUUCCUAGGCAACGUGAUUAUACUUUUAUCAUAAAUAAAAUGUUCUGGUCAAAUCAAAUUUAUUACGUUAAUCGGUGAUUGUGAAACUGUCAACUAUGUGCAUAUGCCGGUUGUGUGUUCUGUAAAGAGAAAAUGAGAAAAGAAAAUAAGCAGACAGAUUGAGGGAGGGAGAGAUAAAGAGAGAGGUUUUAUUCAAAUCAGUAUUCGCUACGCUGUUUAUACACAUACCGGCAGCCGGCUGUAUCAUUCUGUAUGUAUUCGUGCACAAUUAAGAGACACACAAAAAAUUUUAACUUGCUAUUUUUUACACGUGCUGCGUGAUAAGAGACUAGUUGUUUGCAUUCUACAAAACAGUGAAAAAAUGUCGAUCGAAAUUAAAGAUUUACCAUUGGAAAUAUUGCAGAGGAUUUGUAAUCCUCUAAAUUUAGAACAAUUGAAAAAUGUGCGCUUCGUAAAUAAAGCCUUUCAAUCGGCUGUAGAUUAUGUGCUAGCUACCCAACAUGAGAAUGUACGUCUUGGUUUUCGACGUGUGAUAUUGAAAGACGAUGGUGAAUGUAACCGUUUGAUUGAAGAAACAAAGAAAGACGAAUAUAAACUUAUCAAAGCGUUGGGAAUUGCAAUCAAUGAACCUGGAAACAGUUUGACAUUAGAUGGUAUCAGAUUAGUCAAAGAUAUUUUCGAAAAUAUUAUAGUGUUAGAUGUGGAUUUUUUGCCAAGUCUGAUCGAAGAAGUGCACACAAUUUUGUUUGGACAAUGUAAAGUCUUAAAAUUCCUUUUAAUACGUAACAUAUCUUUUGUGGAAGAAAACAACCAUAGCUGGAUGAACAUGGUGAUGCCGAAUUUAACAUCACUCGACAUAUUGAGCGUUCAUCGAAAAGACGAUUGCACAGACGUCGGAAUUGCACAGUUUGCCGAAUUUUUCCGGAAUCAUCCCACAAUAAAAGUGUUUCGGACAACAGUAAAUGCGCUGCCUUUACUAAAAGUUGCAUUACGGUCAGCAGCUCUUGAGACAUUGAUCAUUUUAGAAGGAGGCACUGAAGAAUGUGACAUCUCAACGGUUUUUGGAGAUUUACGUCAACUUUUCGAAGCAAACGUUUAUAAAAAACUGAAUGUGACUAUAGACUUCAGAAUUGAUCAAAGCACACUCAUCGAAUUGGGGCGUUUGAAUAUGGUGAAAUUAACCAUGGAUGCAAUCAUUGAUACGAACGAUUUGGAGCCCAUAACGAGCCUAAAAAAUGUGCAUUUUGGUGGAUCACAAAUCAAGGAACUAGAAUGUUUAGUUCGAAAAGCCAAUAACAUACAACGUAUUUACCUGGAAGAUGCAGAACCUACAGAGAUGGAACAGUUUUUGAAAAUAAACCACUUGAUUCAACUGACGGUACGUAAUUUGGCCGAGAAAAAGAAUGGCGAAAGUAUCUCUACUAAGGUCAUUGAUAUCAAAGCUUUGAACGAGCUGAGAAGAAAUAAUACAACAUCCCAAAAUAAAAUCACACUUUAUUUGGAAUCUGGUAUCGUGUCUACACUACUUUGAUCAACAUAAAUCCACCGAGUUAUCGCAUUUAACACUAAAACGUUGCUGUUUCGACGAACUGUUUUAGAAUGUGCAUUUACAAUCGCCCAGGGUAUUUCCGACCUCCCUCGAGCACAACAGCAACAGCAACAGCAACAGCAACAACAAAGAAGAAUACAAAGAGAAAUGUUUCACCAUCAAAUGAAGAGGCUACAUAAUACAAGAAGAAGAAAAUUACAACACUACGAAAAACGAAAAUGGAUAUUUUCAAUAUAAACUAACAAUAAAAACAUAAAAUAUUUGCAUUGAAUAAAUAUGAAGAAUCAGCAGAAUUGAAUCGUUUCACAUUGUGCCAACGUGUGAUUACUUUUUCAAAUUAAAUUGUUUAGUACUUGUCUCCUUGUCUGCUUUUUAGUACUUUGGGUAUACUUUUCAUUGAAGUACAAAAUGGAAUAAAAUGACAUCUGACAUAAUUCAUUCACAGUUUUAUGUUUUACAAAGAACAAAUUGGUUAUAUAUGGUAAACUGGAAAUUGAGCUAAGAUCACAAUACAAGAUGAACGCUUCUUUUUUUCGUUUAAUAUGUGAUAAUGAAAAGUGUUUGAGAAGUGAUAAAAAUACUGGGGGCAAGACACGAGUCAGCGAUUAAGCUACCAGCCAAACAAUUUUGAAAGUAUUUGGAGCAAAUUAAAAAUGGACGACAAAGGGGAAGGGUUGGAAGCCAAAUCAAACAUGUCUGCAGAGGAUUCGGCGAAUAGCAGUGAUGUAUUGUAUGGAGAGACAGAAUCUAUCGCUUCAAAGUCAUCGCCAAUAUUCAAGUUGAACGUAGAUUGCUUCGAAGAAUUAUUCGAGUGGCUUUCGUUUUCCGAUUUACUUGCAUUCCGUCUAGUAUGUAAACGAUUCAAACAGAUCAUUGACUACCACAUUAAAACCGAAUUUCCACGCAAACUACUUGGAUCUGCUAAGUCUCUUGCAAAGAACGGUCCCUAUUAUUUUGAAAAACUGGAUACAUCAAAUUAUCCACAUUUGGUCACACGACUUGCAAUUCAGAGAUCGUUAUGUCGCAACUUUUAUUCAAAUGACGCAUACCGUACACUUACCAGAGGUAGAAGAUAUUUAUCCCAAAUAGAAAGCUUGGAAAUUACAUUGCGUAUCCAUCAAUAUGACCACUCUCUGCAAGUGGUACACGAAUUUCUCAGCAAGUGGUGCACUAAUUUGGAAUUUUUGACCAUAAAAUGGUGUAACUAUGGUGAUGAACUGUUAAGAUAUCCAUACACAAAAUUAAAAUACCUUCAUGUUGAAGACUUGAAUUGUUUCAACAUGGAUCCUAGCUCCAUUCCGAUUUAUUACUUUCGGUUGGGAAAUUUUUUCAAACAAAAUGCAAGCAUUCAAUUGUUUUCAACUGAUUCUCGAUCCUUUCUUUCCCUUAAUGGCAUUUUCUUAGACACAACUAUAAGGUUUAAAAUCCUGAGCCUCAUGAGAGUAUGCGAUUCCGAAGAUACCGCUCGUCUAUGCGACUUUAUCAAUAAACUCUACGAACAAGGUUUCUAUAAACGAUUGAAGUUAGAGCUUACUAGACAGAAAAUAGAAACUGUUAAUUUGAUCGCGUCGUUACCAGGAUUAACGACAUUGUAUUUAAAACAAAAGAUCGCAACUUUACCACAAAUAUUGGGCUUGAAAGAACUGUAUGUUGAUUAUGCUGAAUCUCACGAUUUGCAAACACUUGCAAAAAAUCAAGUGAAUGUCGAACGAGUUUGCCUGUUCGACGCAAGUUCCAAUGAAGUUCUAACAUUUAUACGUGAUGCGCCAAAUGUAAAAGAAAUACGGGUUCGUACCCUACGGUCGGGUAUUCAUUUCAAAAAUGAUGUUAUCAAUUUGUCAGCAUUUGAUCGUGAAAGAAAAUUUUCAGCAAAUGCCCAUCCAAUCACACUCUAUCUACCAGAAAAAGUUGUCCUUGCGACAAAAUGGGCCAUGAAUACGACAAAAAUGGGCUCCAUUACGUUGAAACGAGGCUCAGCCAUGAGGUCGUUGUACAAAGAAGAUUAUGAAUUUCGACAAUAUUCGGAGUAUAAAUGGUAGAUUUGUAUAUUCUAAACAAAUGGGGUACCAUAUAAUUGUAUGCUAAGGUCGAUUUCAUUUUUCCUUCUAAAGUGGAGGUAUUCCAAAGAAUUUAUUCGACGUAAUUUGUAUUUAGGAUAAGUGAAUGUCUUUCAUAUUGAAGAAAACAAGUUCUUGAUAGCUAUUUGGUAUUAUUUCACUUCACAGGAAACUAUAUUUUUUUCGCACUACAUGAAAUGUUUGUAAUCGAAAUUAGUUGGAAAAAAAUUAUAGAACAAUGAAUUACAAGAUCUUGUAUUUUUUUCAGUUUUGAAAAAUGUUGCGCCUUUUUGAAAUUGAAUAAUCAAUAUGAGUGAAAAACAGAAGGUCUCUUCAAUCCUACAAAUCGGUUAGAAAUUAUUUUAAAAAUAUUAGAAAAAAACCGGACCUUUAACCCAACAUUUCUUAUAGCGCUGAAAAAUAUGGAUUUGAGGAAAUACAAUUUAUUUCUCUUACUAGCUUGGUAUCACUAUUUUAGUUACCCGUAAAUUUUUUUAUCUUUUAUAGUUAAAUAGAAAAAAUCAAUUCUUCAACUGACUGAAUCACAGGUUGCCAUCGUAUCAAUUAAGAUGUGAUAAUUUGAAUAUUCAACCACUUUGGAGGCGGCGUAUAAAUGCCUCAGUAUUAUUAAUCUAUGAUCUCCUCCUAGGAAAGUUGAUUUGCACAGCACUCAGAGAAAGAAUUGUGUAUACAAGACGAUUAGACAACAAAAACCAAAGAAAUGUAAAAAAUAGAGAUUUAUUUAGAAUUGAAACUUAUGGCACAGACUAUGCUCGUAAUCAGCCAUUUAUUGUAGCGUGUAGAAAUUUUAACAAAGUAAGGCAAUCGUUCUUAGACUCAGCAUCAAGGCAAAUAUUUAGUAGAAACGUAUCCAACUUAGACAGCAGUAUUUUCGAAGAAUUGUAUGCAUAGUGAAUAGUGGUGAACACGGUCGGGGGCCGCAGAACGCCACUUCGAAGCCAUUAGGGCUGGUGGCUAGGCCGUUCGAUUCGGGAGUGUCUCACUACUUGUGUAAAAUUCAAAUUGUAAAUGAAAUGUAUAAUGAUAUUCAGUCUGUGAUUAGACGGUGGAAUAAAUAAAUAAAUAAAUUAAAUAAUAAAUGAUCUCACGUUUAAUAAAG